UUAUAAAGUUAAAGUUUUGGCGCCUUUUUAUUGCUACCGGCUGUCAUUUUGUUUCUUUCGUGAGGUCAGCGACUUGAACGCUUUGUGUAAAUUAUUCUCCAAUUUCUUUCUCAAUUCGUAUUAUUACUUUUAAUACAUAAUGUUCGAGGCACGCCUACUCCGAAGUUCUAUACUGAAGAAGGUGCUGGAAGCCAUCAAAGAUCUUCUCACGCAAGCUACAUUUGAUUGUGAUGACAAUGGUAUUCAGUUACAGGCUAUGGACAAUUCUCAUGUAUCCCUGGUAUCUCUCACACUCCGAGCUGAUGGGUUCGACAAGUACCGAUGUGAUAGAAACAUCUCCAUGGGCAUGAAUCUGGGCAGCAUGUCCAAAAUCCUAAAGUGUGCCGGAGAUAAAGACACUGUGACAAUGAAGGCGCAGGACAAUGCUGACACUGUUACAUUUGUGUUUGAGAGUCCAAACCAGGAAAAAGUGUCUGAUUAUGAGAUGAAGCUCAUGAACUUGGAUCUUGAACACUUAGGUAUCCCAGAAACUGAAUACAGUUGCACUAUUCGCUUGCCCAGUGCAGAAUUUGCAAGGAUCUGUCGGGAUCUCUCACAGUUUGGAGAAUCCAUGGUCAUCUCAUGCACCAAAGAGGGUGUGAAAUUCUCUGCUACGGGCGACAUUGGUUCAGCAAACAUCAAGCUCGCUCAAACUGCUUCCAUUGAUAAGGAGGAGGAAGCAGUAGUUAUUGAAAUGGAUGAGCCAGUCACACUCACAUUUGCCUGCCAGUAUCUCAACUACUUCACAAAAGCGACUUCACUUAGCCCUCAGGUGCAGCUCUCAAUGUCUGCAGAUGUGCCUUUAGUAGUGGAAUAUCGUAUACAAGAUAUUGGUCACAUCCGCUACUACUUGGCACCGAAGAUUGAAGAGGACGACAGCUGAAAAUUUACUGUAUGGAUGAUCGAUUAUGUUUCCAAUAUUACUGUGCAUUUGUUAUUCUCUUUAUUCACGUAUCAUGGUCUAAUCCUUUUAUGUCAAUACACUGCGUGUAACAGAAUGAUUGUUAUAAGUAUAGCUGGUAAGAAAAUAAAUAUUUUGGUCAAA